AUGGGGGGCCGGGGGGGCCCCGGGGCGCUGGGGGUGCUGGCGCUGGGGGCGCUGGGGGUUCUGGGGGUACUGGGGGUGCUGGUGCCCCCCGCCCGCCCCGCCCGCGUCUCCUCCAGCCUCUCGACCACCCACCACGUGCAUCACUUCCACGGGCGCCACGGCACGGCGCCCAUCGCCAUCAACCGCGCGCCCUUCCUCACCCGCGGGCACCACGCGGGCACCACGUACAUUUUUGGCAAAGGGGGGGCCCUGAUCACCUACACGUGGCCCCCCAAUGACCGGCCCAGCACCCGAGCUGACCGCCUGGCCCUGGGCUUCAGCACCCGGCAGCGCGACGCGGUUCUGCUGCGCGUGGAGAGCGCGGCCGGGCUCGGUGACUUCCUGCAGCUCCACAUUGUGCAGGGGGCCGUGGGGGUCCUGUUCAACGUGGGCACCGAGGACAUCGCGCUGGAGGAGCGGGGGGCGGCCGUCAGCGAUGGGCGCUUCCACGUCGUCCGCUUCACGCGCAGCGGCGGCAACGCCACGCUCCAGGUGGACGGCGGCCCCCUGCACGAGAGAUACCCGCCAGGCAGCGGGGACAGCGAGCGGCUGGCGCUGGCGCGGCAGCGCAUCCCCUUCCGCCUGGGGCGGGUGGUCGAUGAGUGGCUGCUCGACAAAGGCCGGCAGCUGACCAUCUUCAACAGCCAGGCGCGCGUGCGGGUGGGGGGCCGGGACCGCGGCCGCCCCUUCCAGGGGCAGCUCUCGGGGCUCUACUACAACGGGCUGAAGCUGCUGGCGCUGGCGGCCGAGGGCCACCCCCGCGUGCGGCUCGAGGGGGACCUGCGGCUCGUGGGGGACCCCCCGCCGCCCCCCGCGCCCCCCGGCGCCACCCCCGCGCCCCCCGACAUGGCCACCACCAUCAUGGAGACCACCACCACCAUGGCCACGACCACCACCCGCCGCGGGCGCUCGCCCACCCUGCGCGACACCAACACGGACGAUCUGCUGGUGGCCUCGGCCGAGUGUCCGAGCGAUGACGAGGACCUGGAGGAGUGUGAGCCGGGCACAGGUGGGGAGCUGGUGCUGCCGGCGUCCCCGGGCCCCCCCGCGCCCCCCGCCGCCCCCCGAGUCCCCCCGGGCUGCGGCCCCGACUGCGACGAGCCCUCGGGCUUCGCUUCGGGGGAGGCGGCGGACCCCGACCCCGACCCCGGCCGCUCUCCCGGCCCCGAGCAGCCGCCGGCGGACGACGAGGACUUCGCGGGGCUGGGGGGCGGGGGGAGCCCCGAAGCCGCCGCCCCCCCGGCGGCCACGGCCGCGCCCCGCGGUGCCGGGACCGAGCCCACGGUGGCGGGGGCGGCUCCGCCCGGUUUGGUGCCGGCGGGCGAGCGGCACCCGAGGGAGGGAGCGGGCGGGGGGCGGCGCGGGGGGGGUUCGGCUCCUCCCGUGACCCGGCGCCCCCCCGUGCCCCCCACAGCCGCGCCCGGAGCGGUGGAGGUGGUGCGGGAGGCGGGCGGCACCACCGGCAUGGUGGUCGGCAUCGUGGCGGCCGCCGCGCUCUGCAUCCUCAUCCUCCUCUACGCCAUGUACAAGUACCGCAACCGCGACGAGGGCUCCUACCAGGUGGACCAGAGCCGCCAUUACAUCGGGGCAGCCCCCGCCGCGCCCGGGGGGGGCCCGGGAGGGGCUCCCGGUGCCGCAUCCCCGACCCCGCCCGCCGGGACCCCCAAGGAGAAAGCGGCGCCCGCGCCCCCCAAAGCGCCGGGCAAAGCGCGGCGCAACAAGGACAAGGAGUAUUACGUGUGA